GGUAACAGUUAUUCACGUCUUUUCAACACGGCUGGCUCUGAACUGACAGGGCCCAGCAGUGAGUUUGUCUAGAGAAAGAGAUGAUAUGAGUCAGUGUGGAGUGAGAUAAAGGCACAUGGCCUGCACUCUGAAGGGAGUACAGAGUGGACACAACAGGCCUGUCUAGAAAACAGUAGGAAGACUCGACCAGAGGACUCUGCUGCUGCCGUAAAACUACUGUCUGGUGACAACGAGGAGAGGAAACUUACAUCUGGGCCCCAGCUGUCGAGUGAGAAGUGAUGGCGGACAUGGCUACAAACUCUGUGAGAAAUCACGCUGGAAAGCACAUGGCGGGCAAUGAAACCACUGUGUCGAAAAAUCAUGGCAGGCGCUCAAAAACUGACAUCCCACACCAACAGUACAGACCACCCUCGCCUGUAUCCAAUGUUGCUUCAAUGCAAAGCGACUGGUCUAAGGAUCAUCCACUUAGCUUCCAGGAAGGAAAUGGAAAGAAUGGACCAAGUCCACACCAACAGUACAGACCACCCUCACCUGUAUCCAAUGUUGUUUCAAUGCAAAGUGACUGGUCUAAGGAUCACCCACCUGCCUUUCAGAAAGGAAAUGUAAAGAAUGGACCAAGCCCACACCAACAGUUCAGACCAGCCCCGCCUGUAUGCAGUGUUGCUUCAAUGCAAAGUGACUGGUCUAAGGAUCAUCCACUUGGCUUCUGGCAAGGAAAUGUAAAGAACGAACACAGCCCACACCAACAGUACAGACCACCCUCGCCUGUAUCCAGUGUUGUUUCAAUGCAAAGUGACUGGUCUACGGAUCACCCUAUUGGCUUCCAGAAAGGAAAUGUAAAGAAUGGACCAAGCUCACACCAACAGUACAGACCACCGUUGCCUGUAUCCAGUGUUGCUUCAAUGCAAAGUGACCGGUCUAAGGAUCACCAACUUGGCUUCCAGGAAGGAAAUGUAAAAAAUGGACCAAGUCCGCACCAACAGUACAGACCACCCUCGCCUGUAUCCAAUGUUGUUUCAAUGCAAAGUGACUGGUCUAAGGAUCACCCACCUGCCUUUCAGAAAGGAAAUGUAAAGAAUGGACCAAGCCCACACCAACAGUACAGACCAGCCCCGCCUGUAUGCAGUGUUGCUUCAAUGCAAAGUGACUGGUCUAAGGAUCAUCUACUUGGCUUCUGGGAAGGAAAUGUAAAGAAUGAAAAGACCUCCCACCAACAGUACAGACCACCCUUGCCUGUAUCCAGUGUUGCUUCAAUGCAAAGUGACUGGUCUAAGGAUCACCAACUUGGCUUCCAGGAAGGAAAUGUAAAAAAUGGACCAAGCUCACACCAACAGUACAGACCACCCUCGCCUGUAUCCAAUGUUGUUUCAAUGCAAAGUGACUGGUCUAAGGAUCACCCACCUGGCUUUCAGAAAGGAAACGUAAAGAAUGGACCAAGCCCACACCAACAGUACAGACCAGCCCCGCCUGUAUGCAGUGUUGCUUCAAUGCAAAGUGACUGGUCUAAGGAUCAUCCACUUGGCUUCUGGCAAGGAAAUGUAAAGAACGAACACAGCCCACACCAACAGUACAGACCACCCUCGCCUGUAUCCAGUGUUGUUCCAAUGCAAAGUGACUGGUCUACGGAUCACCCUAUUGGCUUCCAGAAAGGAAAUGUAAAGAAUGGACCAAGCUCACACCAACAGUACAGACCACCGUUGCCUGUAUCCAGUGUUGCUUCAAUUCAAAGUGACCGGUCUAAGGAUCACCAGCUUGGCUUCCAGGAAGGAAAUGUAAAAAAUGGACCAAGCCCACACCAACAGUACAGACCAGCCCCGCCUGUAUGCAGUGUUGCUUCAAUGCAAAGUGACUGGUCUAAGGAUCACCCACCUGGCUUCCGGGAAGGAAAUGUAAAGAACAAACAGAGUUCACACCAACAGUACAGACCACCCUUGCCUGUAUGCAGUGUUGCUUCAAUGCAAAGUGACUGGUCUAAGGAUCACCCACCUGGCUUCCAGAAAGGAAAUGUAAAGAAUGGACCAAGGCAGGUGCCCAUUCAGGCAAUACAUGCCCAGCAAGCCCACAAGGUACGGGAUCAAGACGUGGGUGGCUUGCGACGCAUGGUCCAGCUACGCCUGGAAAAUGCAGCUGUACACCGGCAAGGGCCCCUCGGGGGAGACGGAGACCAAGCAGGGCGAGCGAGUGGUGAUGGAGCUGACGCGGGGCCUGCGUGGGCACACGGUGACGUGCGACAGCUUCUUCACCUCGUACGCGCUGGCUCAGAGGCUGCUGGCCGAGCGGCACGUGAGCCUGGUGGGUACCGUGUGCAAGAACAAGCUCGAGCUCCCUGCGGAGCCGCUGGCCCGGUGGCUGAGACGCGCGCCGCUGCUCCCGGGGGAGGGCAGGGGCAGCCCGCCCGUCGUGGGCAGGCUGGAGCCAUUCUGGUCUCCAGCCACCCUGGUCUGCUACGCGCCCAAGAAGGACAGGAGCGUGCUGCUGCUGACCACGGCCCACGGGGGGGCCACGGUGGCCGAGGACAGGUGGGACCGCAAGCCCCUCGUCGUGCUGAGGUACAACAACAACAAGGGCGGCGUGGACAACCUGGACAACCUGGUGGCCGCCUACAGCUGCAGGAGGAUGACCAGGCGCUGGCCCAUGGCCGUGUUCCACAACGUGGUGGACGUGUCCGCGUACAACGCCUUCGGGCUGUGGCGCGAGCUCAACCCGGGGUGGAUGGACCACAAGACCUUGUCCUACUGAUCCAACAGUGGAGUGAGCCUGUGCAGGAGCCGUGCUGUGCUCUGCUGCUCCAACUGCGAUCGGCGAGAGCGACGCUGACGGUGGCGGUGGCAGUGAUGAUGAUGACAAUGUUGAUGGUGAUGUUGAUGUUGAUGGUGGUGGUGGCGGUGUUGUUGGAAUGAUGAUGAUAAUGAUGAUGAUGAUUGCAAAAAAGGAAAAAAAAAGCAGAGACAUACCGUGUCCUGUUGUCUCUAGGCCUUAGUGAUGACCGCUAGGGGGCACAAGUUAUACAGCAGAGAACCACGUGACCGAUGCGUAAAGUGAAAAAGAAAAAGCGGAUUUUACAACAACAAACAGACAUGGAGCUUAAGGCAGUGUGAGGGUUAAAUUUUUUCGAAGAGGUUAAGCUGAUGACAUAAAAACCCAAGGAUUUAUAUUUUUUGUGCAGUAUUUCUUAUUAAAUGGGCAUCAGCAUACGUUAUGUUAUGGUACAAUGUGUGUGUCAUUUUUCAUGUCAUUGUUAAAUUUAUUCAAACUUGGUGAUGAAGGCUCUGCUCUGAAAUGCGCUGGGUUUUUCUAGUGUGACGUGAACAAAAAUCAA